AUGCGAAAAGUACUCGAGGCAUUAGCCGAUCAAUAUCGCUAUCUUGGUAUAAGUAAAGAGAAGGAAAGAGCUAUUGAAAGGUACUCGGAUAAGUAUCGUCAAAACCAGGAUGGCACAGUGAACUUAAUUCCAGCUUUGAUAGAAAAUUCCGAAGAGUAUCCCCAAGAACUAGUCAAACUUGGAUUUGGCCAUGGAGUUAAGUGUCAAAGUAAAGGCGCUUCAAUUAAAGCUCUGUUCAUGCAAGAGGCCGAGAUUAAUAGUGAAGUAGAAGAGUCAGAAGCCAGUACUAGUCAGAAAGAAGAAGAAUCAGAAGAGAAUGAUUAUAUGGCGGCCUACCUAGAUGAUGACGAAAUGGAAUCAGAUGAUGAAAUAGAAGAUGUUAUGUGA